AUGGCAGCGACCGAGCCGCGCUUGGAGGCCGCGGGGAGUCUCGCGCCGCCGCCCGAAGAACAGGAAGGAGCCGGCCUUAUCUCACGCCCGGGCGGUUGCUCUGCGGACUUCUCGUCCACUCCUGAGGCUCCGCUGCCGGCCUCCGAGCCCUCCAGGUCCAGCGCCGCGGUCCCCGAAGCCACUCGUACGCCUCCCGUGGCGGCCUCCGCGCCCCUGGGGCGCCCACCCCAGGCUCCUGCGCCGACUGCCGAGGCCCCUCCGCGCUGCCCCCCAGGCCUCGGCGGCUCCCGGCCAGGCCCCGAGACUUUCCGCCAGCGUUUCCGCCAGUUCCGCUACCAGGACGCGGCGGGCCCGCGGGAGGCGUUCCGGCAGCUGCGGGAGCUCUCCCGCCAGUGGCUGCGACCCGACAUCCGCACGAAGGAGCAGAUCGUCGAGAUGCUGGUGCAGGAGCAGCUGCUCGCCAUCCUCCCCGAGGCGGCGCGGGCCCGACGGCUUCGCCGCCGAAGCGAUGUGCGCAUCACCGGCUGAACGCUGCCUGGGCUCGGGCCUGACCCUGGCUCUCGCCUCUGCGCGUUCGUGAAAUCGCGUUUUGGCCUCUCCUAGUCUGGUGAAUUCAUUUUUCCAAGCUAAUUUCCAACCCCCUUUUCUGACUGGUACUGAGUCCGUUAGGAGCACAGAAUAAAACCUUUUGUUUGCUA